AUGAAGAGAACCAAGGUCGUCACCGUGGUUCACAAGUCGGCCGCCACCGGAAUGUGGACAAACAUAGGCAUUCUCGGGGUAAGAAUCUUUAACUCCCAGGAACCUCCAAAGGCUUCUACAAAAAGCCGAAGCUCGAGGAUUUCUAGGAAUGGUAUCGACUGCAUGCAUUGGGAGUGGAAGAAUUGCCCAACUGCUUGGCAAGGAGAUUAUGGGAAUAGGAAGGGCCAAAAAACUGGGGUUUUGGUUCCGGAGCAAAAGCUUGCAGCUGUUAUACGAAUGUUGGCGUAUGGAGCAUCCGCUGAUCAGGUGGAUGAGGUUGUCCGAAUGGGGAAGUCCACCACGUUGGAGGCUUUGAAUUGCCCAACUGCCUUGCAAGGUGAUUACGGAAAUAGAAAAUGCCAAAAAAGUAUCAUCCUGGAAGCCGUUGCUGGGUUCGACACAUGGGUUUGGCAUGCCUUCUUCGGAGUUGCCGGAGCCCAAAAUGAUCUCAACGUCCUGGGUCAAUCUCCGGUCUUCAACGAUAUUUUGAGAGGCCAAGGCCCCAAUAUUACCUAUCAAAUCAACAAUACAGUCUACCAGACGGGGAAAGAUGUCGAAAGGUGUUUUGACAUCCUUCAAGCUCGGUGGUUGAUUGUUCGAGGUGCGGCCCGUAUGUUUGAUGAAGAGAUCAUUCGAAACAUUAUGAUGACUUGCAUUAUCCUUCAUAAUAUGAUUGUGGAGGAUGAGUACGAUUAUGAUGCUGGAGAGGUCUACGAACGGGAUCCAAUGAACACGGCUUUGACCCGGAUUUAUGAAAGGCCCAUGGGGCUAAGUGGAGAACCGUUUGAGCCGGAACCGUUGGUAAGGGACGAUCGUUUCAUGACCCGGAUGAUAGAUCGAUAUACAGAGAUGCAAUCUUCGUAUAUUCAUGAAAGGCGCAAACUUGACUUGAUGGAGCAUCUAUGGGCGGUGAGCGGGAAUGAAGAUGAAUGA